GCUAAAAUCUGCAGGACGGUAGCCCUCCAGGAACAGGGUUGGGCACCCCUGGCUUAAAGGAAACAAUUUUAAUAAAAGUCAGGGGUCAAGAGCCCAAUUCAGAUAGUUUGCUCAUGGCUGUAAGGAUUAUAGGACACGACUGUUGUAGUCCAUAUAUGAUAUUAGUUCAGAUUGAUGAGGUUACAAUUUGAAUAUAGUUACACAUUUUCCACUUUUUUGUGCCGUAGAUCUCUUUUGUUUUCUUUAUAUGAACAUAUUUGCCUUGUAAAACUUAAUGGUGACUAAUAACAUUUGCUUAUACAAAAACUGACCCUGAUCGUCUGAUUGGUCAAAGAUUUUCAGCUUUUAUUUUAUUCCUAUAUGAAAUAUCUCGUAGGGUUGUGAUAACAUCAUUGUUUCUUCUGACUUCUGCUCUACAAGGCUGUCUGGUGUAGAUCACAAAUAUAAAAAUGAAGGCAUCUGUUUCUCUUUACUUGUUUUUGAGUCUCUGUGGACUGAGCUCUGCUCUCUUUAGAAAACACUUUUAUGUGAAUAAAGGACUUUACUGGCAAGAUGCACAGAAGUACUGCAGAGAGCAUCAUGAUGAUCUGUCCACCGCUAGCAGUCAAGAGGCACAGCAGCUCGCCAGUAAUCCACAGGUUAGUACUCCAGUAUUCUGGGUUGGACUCAACACUCUAAACUCAACAGAAUGGAUUUGGUCCGGAGGUGAAAAAGAAGCAUUUGAUUACUGGAACGCUGGAGAACCAAACACGAAUUAUGAGCAUUGCACUGCUAUACUGAAAUCAAGUUCGAAACUAAUCAAUGUUGUGUGCAAUCGAAAUUAUUCAUUUUAUUGCAUGGAGAGAUUCGGGCUGAUUCUGGUGCAGGACAGUAAGACGUGGGAAGAAGCUCUGGACUACUGCAGACAAAACUACAUUGAUCUCGUCAGUAUCGACUCGUCGAGGAUAAUGGCAGAGGCGAUAAAUAACACCAUGACAUCACAGACAGCUAAUGUAUGGAUUGGACUGCGUUUUUUAGCUGGACAUUGGUUCUGGGUCAAUGGGGGAAAUGUUGAAUAUAAAGCCUGGUCUGGGGGAGAGCUCCAGUGCCCCUCCAAAAAUCUUCAGUGUGCAGCUUUGGAUAAAGACAACAACGUUUGGAAACCUGAAGACUGCGAAAAGCGACUCAACUUUUUCUGUCUUAAGGAGUACAAAAAGCCUGAAAUAUUUUGAUCUGUUACACUUACCAUGUUAUAUUUCAAGCUUAACCUGAAACACCACAUGAUUUGAAAGAAGAUAAGUCGUACAUCAAUAUAAAUGUGUAGUGGAUAAUUUUGUAGAUAAUUUAUAAUAGUUUUUACUUUAACUGAUUAUUUGUAAACAAUGUGGCAUAAAAUACUAAUAUACUAAAAUUAUUGUUGGUGUAUCUGAAACAUACACUGUUAAUUUUAUGUUUAUGUACUACAAUACAUUUUCUUUGUGGAUUUUAUGUUUAAUUUAGAAAACACACAGGUAUGUGUCGUUGACGAUGGUAUAAUCAUUUUUGAAUCAUAGUUUUU